AUGUCAGAAAGAUCAGAUAUUCUUCACUUCAAGUUUGACAGUUAUGGGGAUUCGAUGUUACAGAAAAUGAACAAACUGAGGGAAGAGAACAAAUUUUGUGAUGUCGUGGUCCACAUAGAUGACGUUGAAGUUCAUGGGCAUAAAAUUGUAUUUGCUGCUGGCUCUCCCUUUUUAAGAGAUCAGUUCUUACUAAAUGACUCCAGAGAUGUAAAAAUCUCUAUACUGCAGAGUUCGGAAGUGGGGAGGCAGCUGCUUCUGUCCUGUUACAGUGGCGUUCUGGAGUUUCCUGAAAUGGAACUGGUAAACUACUUGACUGCCGCAAGCUUUCUGCAGAUGAGCCACAUUGUUGAACGAUGUACGCAGGCCCUCUGGAAGUUUAUAAAACCGAAGCAGCCGUUGGAGAGCAAGGAGUGCGAACAGCAAAGUGACUCCUCUGAGCUGAAGGACCAUCAAGGAGACGACGACUCUCUGCAGCAAGAUUCACCUUGUAUUCAGCCUUCAGAAGACAGCAUGGACAUGGAGGAUAGUGACAUUCAGAUCAUCAAGGUGGAGUCCAUUGGGGAGGUAACAGAAGUUAGGAAUAAGAAGGAUCAGAACCAGUUUAUUUCUUCUGAACAAACUGCACUGCAUUCCUCAGAGCCUCAACACUUUCUUAUCAACUCCACUGUUGAAAACCGAGCAAGUGAAAUAGAGCAAAACCACCUCCACAACUAUGCCCUUUCCUAUGCUGGCAGCGAUAACAUCAUUCUGGCCUCUAAAGAUAUGUUUGGGCCUAACAACCGAGGUAUAGACAAAGGCCUCCAGUGGCACCAUCAGUGUCCAAAGUGCACGAGAGUAUUUCGGCAUCUGGAAAACUAUGCUAAUCACUUAAAGAUGCAUAAACUAUUUAUGUGUCUACUCUGUGGCAAGACAUUCACUCAGAAAGGCAAUCUCCACCGGCACAUGAGAGUGCACGCAGGCAUCAAACCAUUCCAAUGUAAGAUCUGUGGGAAAACGUUCUCUCAGAAAUGUUCCUUACAGGACCAUCUCAACCUGCACAGUGGGGACAAGCCCCAUAAGUGCAACUACUGUGACAUGGUUUUUGCGCAUAAACCCGUUCUGAGGAAACAUCUUAAACAGCUACACGGUAAAAAUAGCUUUGACAAUGCCAAUGAAAGAAACGUUCAAGACAUAACAGUGGACUUCGAUUCAUUCACAUGUAGCGCUGCUACAGACAGUAAGGUCUGUCAGCAAGCUGAUGCAAGCCAGUGCCGGUGCCUGCCCCGCGGGACCGGCGCCAUGGCUGCCGACUCGGAGGUGCUGCACUUCCAGUUCGAGCAGCAGGGGGACGCGGUGCUGCAGAAGAUGAACCUCCUGCGGCAGCAGAACCUCUUCUGCGACGUCUCCAUUUACAUCAACGACACCGAGUUCCAGGGGCACAAGGUGAUCUUCGCCGCCUGCUCCACCUUCAUGAGGGACCAGUUCCUGCUCAACCAGUCCCGGCAGGUGCGGAUCACCAUCCUGCAGAGCGCCGAGGUGGGCAGGAAGCUGCUGCUCUCCUGCUACACCGGGGCUCUGGAAGUCAAAAAGAAGGAGCUGCUGAAAUACCUCACCGCCGCGAGUUACCUCCAGAUGGUUCACAUCGUGGAGAAGUGUACGGAAGCUUUGUCGAAAUACUUGGAAAUCGACACGUCCAUGGAGAACAGGAAUCGGGCCGCAGAGAGGUGUCAUUCCUCGGACGCUGAACUGGGAAACGGGGAGGACGUUUUGGAUAAAGACUGCGAAAUAAUCGAGAUCUCUGAAGACAGCCCGGUGACCGCGGAAUACCCCGUGAAACAGGAGAAGGGGGACAUCUCGCAGCCCGCGGUGCAGGGCUUGGUCUCGGAAAGAAAGGACACAAAAACCCCAGAAAUAUCAACAGUCGAAAUCGGAUAUAAGGACGAUGAAAUCUGUAUCUUCAGAAUGGAUUCUAUGAGCGUAGCGAAUGUAGAAAGCGAUCAUUUUCCUCAGCCUUGCACAUCCUCUAAAACAAACUUGUAUUUUCCGGAAACCCAGCAUUCCUUGAUAAAUUCCACAGUCGAAAGCAGAAAUACCGAAAUGUCAGGCAAUCACUUUCAGGCUUUUGUCAGUGACAACCCAGAAGGAACUUCUAGCCUGAUGAAUGGGUUCCAGAGCCUGGAGGAUUCUGGCAAUUCAUGGCGGCACCAAUGUCCCAAGUGUCCGAGGGGAUUUCUGCAUCUUGAGAACUAUCUCAGACAUCUAAAAAUGCACAAACUCUUCUUGUGUUUGCAGUGCGGCAAAACAUUUACGCAAAAAAAGAAUCUCAACAGACACAUCCGCGGGCACAUGGGCAUCCGCCCCUUCCAGUGCAUGGUGUGCCUGAAGACCUUCACCGCCAAGAGCACGCUUCAGGAUCACCUGAACAUUCACAGCGGUGACAGGCCCUACAAGUGCCAUUGUUGCGACAUGGACUUUAAACACAAGUCUGCUCUUAAAAAGCAUUUAACUUCUGUUCAUGGAAGGAGUAGCAGCGAAAAGCCAAACCUGAACACUGUUACGAAAGUUAAAAUAGACUAUGAUUAA